UUCCAAACCGCAUAUAAUUGCCCUUUUAGCAGUCAACUUGGUUCCAUUUCUCCAAUAACUGUUCAUAUCGGGUCCCCAAGCCCCAUCAUGUCGGCCACGGCCUCUUCUUUUUUCCUAUAUAAAACCAUCCCCCAAAACCGUCGAACCCACAAUUUUUGUAACUUGCAUUAUAUUUUUCAAGCGAAGAAUUAGCUGUGAUAAUUCCCGACUCAUAUAUUUUUUGUUCAUUUUCUUUCAAUGGCUGCUACCGGUUCAUCUAAUGAAGAUGUUAAGGUAGUGCUAAUUGAUACUCAGUAUGUUGAAACUGACCCAGUCAGCUUCAAAUCUGUAGUUCAAAGGCUUACAGGGAAGGAUUGUAACAUUGCAUGGAUAAUGGAGAGCUCGUUUUCCUGUAGAAAAACCGAAACAAAGGUUGCUGUAAAGGGUGCAGCUGAGGGGACAUGUGGAAGUGGCGCUAUGGGCGUUGGCUAUGGUGGUGCUGGUGGUGGCCUUGGUGUUUCCAUGUUAACUAAGGGUUCAUCCUUUAAAGACUUGGAUAGAAUGAUCUUGGAGGCGCCGCCAGUGGACGAGUUGAAGUGGCUGUGGACAAAUUACCUAGAAAUUUGAAUUAUUUUCAAAUGUACGUGUGUGUGUGUAUAUAUAUAUAUAUAUAUAUAUAUAUAUAUAAUCCUUUUUUAUAUUAUUUAUGCAGUAUGGUUUUAGUUUUGCUUCGUUAAAUCAAUAAUGAAGUUUUGUUCAAAUUUACAGAUUCUUUCCUUUUAUUUUUUUUAUUUGUUUCAUUAUUUCCCUGGGGGGAACGGAUUUUUUUACCUUCUUCGAUUCAAAAUAAACUAGUAUAUAAUUAUUGGAGUUUUGUUGGUUAGGAUCUGGAUGGGGUUGUAGAAUGAGUGGCGGUUUAAGACUCCACGCCUUGUCGGCAUGCAUGAGUUGGAGGUUUUUGGUUCUCGUUUCUUCAACCAACACAGUUCUCCUCCUUUAUGCGAGCAAGGACGAGGAUAAAUACAAAAAAAUAUAUAUAAUAAUUAAUGUACUACUAGUUAUAAAUUAUCAUUGGAAAAACAACUAAUGGAUAUUCAUUUUAACAUAUAGUGAAAUAACACAACUAUAAUCAACCCAAAAAAAAAAUUUAUAGCACUGAAUAAAAGUCUGGGCUACGCUAAUGAGUUAGUUUUUAUCUAAUGAUGAGUAAUUAAUUAGUUAAUUCUUUUUUUCAUUAGAUUAAGAAAAUUAAUCCGUAAAAAACAAAG